AUGGGGAGAUGGACUAACCAGACCACUGGAACCGACUUUGUUCUCUUGAGGUUAUUUCACAACAUUCAAGCCCCUAAUCUCCUCUUCUCAUUCAUCUUCUUGAUGUUUCUUGUGACCCUUACUGGCAAUAUUAUAAUGUUGAUUCUCAUCUGGUUGGACUCUCAACUCCAUACGCCUAUGUACUUCCUUCUCAGUCAACUUUCCAUCAUGGACCUCUUGUACAGCUCCACUUUUGUCCCCAAGAUAGCCAGUGAUUACCUAUCUGGGAAGAAUACCAUUUCCUUUAUUUGCUGUGGAAUUCAGCUCAUUCUUUUCACAACACUUUGUGGAGCAGAAUGCUUUCUCCUGGCAGUCAUGGCUUAUGACCGCUAUGUUGCCAUAUGCCACCCUCUCUGUUACUCAGUUCUCAUGUGCCCUACAGUCUGUGCCUUCAUGGUGGCUGGCACCUGGCAGGGUUCUCUGCUCAAUGCCUUGGUCCAUGGCAUAUACACUGUGAGUCUUCCUUACUGUUCCUCCCAGGAAAUCCAUCAUUUCUUUUGUGAGUUCCCAGCUCUCCUGAAACUUGUUUGUGCUGAUACAAUUCAUUAUGAAACUGGGGUGUAUGUUAGUGGUGUUGUGUUCUUCCUCAUUCCAUUAUCUGUCAUUAUGGCCUCUUAUGCACAGAUACUUUCUACUCUUUUGAGAUCAGGAUCAAACUUAGGGAUGAGAAAGGCUUUGGCAACCUGUUCUUCCCAUAUGAUUGUGCUGUCUCUCUUCUAUGGAACAGCCGUCAUCAAAUACUAUCUCCCCAAAGCCUAUCAUACCUCAGAGCUGGAUGAAGUAGUAUCUGUCUUCUACACUAUUGUCACUCCCAUGCUCAACCCCCUCAUCUACAGUCUUCACAACAAAGACAUGACUGGAGCCCUAAAGAAAGUUUUGGGAUGGUAA